UGAUUGGAAAGAAAUGUUGUAGCUCCAUCAUAAAAGGAAAUGCCUUUCUGUCUCACUGAUUUCACAGUUUGGCUGUUCUCGGUGGAACGGCCGAGCAUUGAGCCGCCAAAAUUUUCAACGGCGCGUUCCUAAAUUAAAGAAAAAAGAGAAAGGAAGAUGAUUCAUCUUCAAAUGUUAAGAAAAUCUUCGCAGACUCGAUCGAGAAAGCAAUUAUCGCGGCUUUUCUCAACAAUCUCUCAACUCUCUUCGCAAGAAUCCAAGCGCUGGCCUUCUUUUGGCAUUGCGUUCGAUAUAGACGGCGUCGUGUUACGCGGCAACACUCCUAUCGGUGGCGCUCCUCAUGCUCUCAGGAGGUUAUACGACGAUUCAGGUGUUCUGAAGAUUCCUUUUGUGUUCUUGACUAAUGGGGGUGGUUUUCGUGAAUCAAAAAGAGCUGCGGAGUUGUCAGAACUCCUAGGUGUAAAGAUUUCUCCUUCACAGGUCUUGCAGGGCCAUUCACCUUUUAAACAGUUGGUGAACAGGUUUGAAAAUGAACUAAUUGUUGCUGUGGGAAAAGGUGAACCUGCUGCAGUGAUGUCUGAAUAUGGAUUUAAAAAUGUGAUUCCAAUAGAUGAGUAUGCACUGUGCUUUGACAACAUUGACCCUUUGGCACCAUACAAGAAGUGGAGCACCAUGGAGGCUGCUGUCAACUGUACUAGAAAAUUCAGCAUUAAUUCUGAGAGAGUUCAGGCAGCAUUUGUUGUUAGUGAUUCUAAUGACUGGAGCAGGGACAUUCAGGUUCUUUGUGAUAUUUUAAGAACCGGAGGUCUUCCUGGAAGUGAAGGACGUCAACCCCCUUUGUAUUUUGCUCAUGAUGACCUUAAAUACCAGGGUGCUUUUCCUUCUGAACGUUUUGGCAUGGGCGCAUUCAGAAUUGCACUGGAAUCCAUCUUCAAUAGCAUUCAUACUGAAGCUCUGAAGUAUACAUCCUUAGGAAAGCCGAAUCCAGUUGCAUUCAAGAAUGCUGAAGUUGUGCUAAAGCAACUAGCCUCGUCCCUUUAUCAUGACUUUAACGUCGUGGACAGUGCAAAUUCUGGAAGUCAUGACUUGCAAACACUAUAUAUGAUAGGAGAUAAUCCUUUAGUCGACAUCAAAGGUGCACGGCAGGCCGGAAAUCCAUGGUUUCCCAUUUUGACAAGGACUGGUGUUUUCAAGGGAGAUCGUCAUUCUAAUCAUGCUGAGUUUCCAGCCAAUUUGGUUGUUGACAAUGUGGAAGACGCUGUGAACUUUAUUCUGAGGAACGAGUUCAUCAAAUCAUAAAAUUAGCAGCUGAAUCAAACGAUGUUCAUCCAUUUAAGUUAUUCCCUCCAUUUCAAACUCCAUAUCUUAGCUGGACUCAAGUUAAAGAAAACUUGAUCUACAAUUUAGUAGUUUGUUUGAAUCAAACGGUGAUAUACUAAUGCAAUUGAUUGAAACAUAUAUAGUAGUUUGUUUUGGUCGGUAACUACCAGCGUUGUGUUUAGAGUCUGAAGUGCUCCAUUACGGAAUUAGAGUUAGAACAUUUGAAGGCCUUGUUCUGAUCAUUUUCCUUUAGCUCUAUCAUCAAUAAGCCAAAGAGUUGGUAAGGAAUAUAUAAUCAUCAAGAGAAAAGCAUGAAUCAUGUAUGGCUCAUUUCAUGAUCAGUAAUGUUGAUCAAAGUUUGCUUUCCUGAGCCUAUUAGAGUAUUUCGGGUAUUAAACUUUACAUCUGACCUCUGAUUUUCUGGACGCCCAUAGCAUUAUCAUACUCCCGUGUGGUGAAUGCUCGGACCAUGGUAAAAAAAGGAAUAUAAAAUCAUUAAAAAAUGUCCUAUGAAGAACCCUUUUUCGGCUGUAAUUCACUAAUCUCGAUUGUUUAUUUCCAAGCACGAUCGUACCAAACCUUAUCCAUACAGAUGACGAAGGGCUUUUGGCAAGGGUGCCUUUCAACAGGCCUAGUGUUAGAUGCAUAAGCAGUGUAAUCAGGUCUUUGUAUCAAUUAAGCAGUGUAAGCAGUUUAAUCGGCCAUCUACUCGAUCCAUGCGGAUCAAUUCUUUGCUCUGCAUCUCCGCUCAUGAAAACCGAUACUCAAAGACAGAUUUUUGUGUUCAAAAGAGGUUGAUCCAGAGAGAAAAGACAUUGGGAAAGAAGCUUGGGAAGUGAGUUUUCAAGGGACGGAAAAUGAGUUUGAGAAAAUGGAUUGAUUUUGAAUAAGGAUUUUCGUUUUGGUUUGUUGGAGAAACCAUGAGCUUUUCUCUUACUUCAACAGGGUC